AUGCGACAAGUAUAUAUGAAGGCCGCUGUCACUGUGAGCUGGCUGGGAUUGGAAGUUGAGGGAACAGCAGCAGCAUUUGAGUAUGCUUCCAGACUGCACACCACAUACAUACAUGAGAUGGCGGAUCAGGGGAAACAUGUCUUGACAGCGGAAGAAGAAAAAGAGGAAGUUCCGCGCGUUCAGGUCAAGCUGGGCGAUCCGGCUCUUGAGACCUUGCUGCGCCUUCUAGAUCGACCCUACUUCGAGCGGGCUUGGGUCAUACAAGAAGUCAUUGUUUCCAACGAGGUGUGGUUCCUGUGUGGAAGCGCCAUCAUAACCUGGAGUUCGCUGUUGACUGCAUAUGUGUAUCUGAUGGCAACCAAGCCGUGGCUGUGGGAAUUCUACCCUGGCCUUAGGCCACAUAUAGUUCUUCUCAUGAAAUUCAGCGAGCAAGAAUGGACAAACGGUGCUGAUGUCGAUUGUUUUGGUACGCUACUGAGGCAUCGCAUGUGUUUGUCUGGUGAUCCUAGGGACAAGGUGUAUGCAUUUUAUGGUAUGAGAUGUAAGAAGGCACUAGAGGAUCUGGGAAUCGAGCCAAAUUACGACACAGAAACCACGACGGAAGUAAUGUACACUCGGUUGGCUGCCCGCGCACUUCACAAGGCACAGGUAGCAGUUCUUCAUGUGCCGCGUCUUAUCAUCACUCCCCAUGAAGAGAGCGACACAAAUUUCACACGACUCACACUUCCAUCCUGGGUACCGGAUUGGCGUUGGACCGAAGCAACACCAAUGUCUUUACUCUUAGCCGAAGUUGGUGAGACCAACACAGUGCUAAAAUACCAUGCCUCAGCGGACUCCAUUUUCAAGCCCCAAUUUGAUCUCGAAACGUUCAAUUCAACAUCAACCCUCUCAAAGCACUUGAGUCAGUUGCCCAAGAUGCUUAACUUGUGCGGAGUCACAGUAGCGAGAGUCACCCAGCUCACACCACGGCGCUGGAUAUCACGCAAAACUUCAAUCCACCAGUCCUUACUCGAACAAGCACAAUUAUUACAAUUUGACCAGUACCAAAUCUAUGAAUGGGAGGUUUUCUUUCGUCCUAAAAACGCUGCACAAAUCUAUCCUGCGACAGGCGAGCUUGCGGCGCGAGCUCGGGACGAGACGAUCAUGGCUGGUACAACGCAAUUUGCUCCAGAGAUCAAACGCCGCGCUUGGGCAGCAUUUGAGAAACGCCAAAACUUCUUACGUCUUCUUCAUAAAUCCCAUAUCCACGGCUUUCUAGUUUGUUACAUUGUCGUAGUCUUGAUUGAGCGGGUACUUCGGCGCUUUGGUUGGGCCAAUCCGGAAGCACAGUCCAAGUGUAUGGUAGGGCAUAUAUGGAAUCGCAAGGGUGCAACAGUGGUUAACUCUGAAGAUCCUAAAUUGACUUACUACGCGCUGGUGCCGAGUAUAUGUCAACUUGGAGACCAUGUGGUGCUGGUCGAGGGUGUUACAACACCACUUAUAUUACGGAAGAAGGGUGAGGGGACGGAUGCUACCUGGGAGUUUAUUGGCGACGCUUAUGUCCAUGGCAUUAUGAAGGGGGAACUUUGGGAAAGGAGGAAGGGAGAUCGCAAGGACAUGUGGAUUACCUGA